AUGCAAAGCAAUGACGGUCACGAACUAGAAGAUAAAGAAGCUUUUGAUGAACUACGGGCCGUAAUCAACAGAUCUUUGGAAGGAUCCAAGGAUAUCGAUGUUCAUCAGGUUGCGUUGAGAAAGUGCCACGAGUAUCUACUAAAAAACUCCAACCAAGUGCAUUGGUUCUGUAAUGACAAGCUCUACCCUGCGUCCGUUUACUCGUUGAUUCUAUUCUCGUUCCCCAAGGAUGGUGUAACGUCGAGCUUGCGACCGUAUAUGGCCACUAGCUUGACGAGAUGUGGCAAGUGCUUGAGGGAGUUCAACAAGGGAAAGGCAGAGUUGAGGUUGAAUUUUAUAAAGACACGCAUGGUGGAGAUUGAGAAGAUUGACCAUUUCAUCAACGCGAUUAACACAUGGGAGAUUGAAGUUUUAGGACCGAUUUUUGAAUCGGCGUAUGAGCAAGUGGAGAGAAAUGAAAUCAGUGAUGCAAGCGCCAUUGAAACUAGUUUUGGAUGGUGUUUAAACAACCCUGGCAUACUCAGAUUCAAUGAAGAUAUAAAGGAGAAAUUCAAUGUCAUGAUCAGCUUCGCGAGAACCACCAGAUUGGAACAUAUGCCUCAGAGACUCCUACCGGGGUUGGUCUACUUGUUGUUUGAAUCAACCGGAGAUCAAAAAUUGUGGGCGUGGCAAUGGGUAAAUGAACUAAGACAAAGAAGAGAGCAAGUAGUGUAUGACGGGGCUAGUUUGCCUGAAUCGGUGGUGUUAGAAUUCUCCAUCCAUCUAUAUCGGAUUCAAGACACCGCGUUCUUUAGUGAUAGGAUGUGCAUCAAAUUCUGGGACAACUUGAACGUCUUGUUGGACUUUAUGGACGAUGCCGCUUUUGUCAACAGGCUCAAUUGCCCAGGAGACAUUGACGCGAUGGCCCCGCUCAAGGGGAUACAGCUUUUUCCGAUAAUGGUGUUAUUUGGCAACUGCUUGAUGGCCGAUUUAAACGAACCAUUCCCGGUAUUGUUGAAAAUAAUGGCCAAAUUUUUGCGUCGUUUGCAACACCAGUUUUGGACGCUCAAUCCGCAAAUAGACAUGCCGCGGCUCGUUAGAAGGAUGCUUCACAACACCAACUACCUUCGACAUCUUCAGCGGGCUUCGAUAGAACACAAUAAUACUGUCAAUGACUGGACUUUGGAUGAUUUGCUCAUGUGGAUGCUUCGACUUUUAGAAUCGGUAGAAACUACAAGAAAGCAAGAAGUGUGCAGGAGGUUGAGCUCAUUUCUAUUUAUGUUUUCCGCAGGUAAUGGCGGUGGUGGAAAUGGUUCAAAUGGAAGUUCACUAACUGACUUGCAGGCUCAACGUGAAAUCUACGUGCAUAAUUUUGGCUUUUCAUUGGUAAAUGUCGUAUUCAACUACAGUGGUAGUAGUAGUAAAGGAUCUGAAGAGGUUGACAACAACGCUCUUGACUUGCUCAAGAUUAGAGAUUUUAGGGCUUUUAUAGAGUCUCAAAGCGACAAGUUGGUGCCCAUGUCGUUGUCAUUUUUUCCAAAUUCAAUGGGCAGCACCAACAAUGCCAAAAGUUUACUUCUCAAGUGCUUGAGAUAUGAUGUUCUCAUUUUGGUUCAAAACACGUUGGCGCUUCUAGAUGGGAAGAAGCCGCUCUUAUUUGAUACUUUCCCAUCAGUUUGGGAAGCGUUGAGUAGGCUGAAGUUGAAUGGAAACGUCUCACUUGCCAAGGAAGUGAUUCUGUGCUUGAACAAUUUGAAGCUGAUUGUUCGCUUUCAUCCAUUAAAGCUGUCGGAUGCCAAGGAUAGCAUCACAAGAGCGAAAACUCAACAUAACGAAUGCGUUGACGUAGUGCUCAAAUUUGUUGAUCCAAUUCUUCGAAAUAUCAGCUUGUCUUCGCCGCAAAACUUGAACGAUAUCGCCAGCGAAAAAGAUUGCUUGCAUGCUAUAUGGUCAUGCAUCUUUUUCCCGCAGUCGUACCAGCCCGCGAUGGAUUUGUUGUCCGAGGUGUACGACGGCGCUGGCAGGUUCGAGUCGAUUCAAAAAGGCCUCAGACGCAACUUGGCAGGAAAUAUCCUGGCAAUCAACUCUAGCUUGAGGACUUUGACAAAAAUGGCCGCUUUCGAGCCAAGCCCGCGAGCGGUACGGAUCCUCAUGGACGUUGUUCAGUCAUUGUCGGACCCAGUCAACCCCGUGUUAUUGUUACCAUCUGUUUCAGAUGCUCAUACCGACGUGGUUCAAUUUUGGAGCGAAUGCGUUCUGUAUUUGAAAAUGCUCUACGACCAGGCAAUCACCUGGGCAGGCAGAUACCACAUGCAGGAAUUGGUGGAGUUUACACGGGACACGUUGGACUUGAGUCACUUCUUGUUUGAGUCGAUCAGAAUGUUUGCCGAUAGCUUAACGCCGUACGAGGGCCAAGGUUGUGCACUUUUUCUUUUCAAGGAAUUCAUGGAUGCGUUUGAUUCGAUGUUGAAUUGGUUGAAGUUGGGCGAUAUAGCCCUUUUGAACUCGUGCGUUGAUUUGGUGUUCAAGGUCUUUGAUCUUGCCCAAGAACAGUGCUUCUCGAUUGAUGACCGGGCGAUUGAAAAAUUUGCCAAAUUUGGCGUCAAGGCCAAGAGGUUCAACAACAAGUUGACGGAGGCACAAAGGACUCGAAUAAUCUCCAAAGCGAAAGAGUUUAAUCCAACAUUGGUCGAGACUAUAGUGAAUGCAACGAGUGAGAACAGGAAGUUGGAGCUUGCGCUGAAGAAUGCAGCGACCAAGAAUACUAGAUCGGGAACAACUCUUGAAAGAAAAGUGAUUGAAAUUGACUCCACCGACAGCGAAGAGAUUGAACUUGUUGAAGAAAACUUCCCCGUAAGUCUCCGGAGUGGCAUGAGAGGUGGCUCUUUGGAGCAAGGGCAAAAAAGGUUGGAUUUAUAUCAAGAUCAGCUCACUCCCAUCCCUCUUGGCUCGCUGAAGAAAUCAUCAAGUGUUGGGAAGCAGCAGACUUUGGGAAGAUUUGUCCGCACAUCCAGCGAGCCCCCAAUUGCGCCUAUACCUGCCGUGGUAAAAGGCACAAAUAGCUUGGAUAUGAUGCGCAAGAAUUUGAGUUUGGCUCGAGCUGGAGCUGGAGCCGGAGCCGUAAAAAGUGAAAAGGCACCAGCGCCGGCAAGACCUGCAGGCUUUAAUCACCGGAAAGCCGCUCCCGUGAUUGGAAGAUCCCUCAACGCAAUGAGACGCAAAAAGGUUAGAGCUGGGUAUUCUGAAGGUGAAGAAGAUGACGAUGAUGAUAAUGAUAAUGAUGACGACGACGACGACGAUGAUGAUGAUGAUAAUGAUGAUAUCGACGUUAGUGACCUCUUUGUUGAAAAGAAAAAGAAACCCAAGAUUAUUGAAGUUGACAUCAAGGGGAAGAAGAUCCAACGUAACAAUAGAAUGAACGAAAAGAGUGCCUUUGAACGCGAAAAGUCGGAGAAGGAGAGAAUGAACAAGAGACUCAACGUGAAUACAAAGCCCUUAUAUUUGAGUGUGUUGAAAUGGAACUACAACUCAAAGAGCCAGUACCCAACUCAAGAUACCCUGAUGUAUGAAAAUGUGCGAGAUAAAUUCAGCACUGUUGAAGAAUACGUAAAGACGAUGGAACCUUUGAUGAUGUUGGAAUGCUGGCUGGCUAUCCAGUCGGCGAAAAACACUGUUCAAGAGAACCCUUUCCAAUUGAUCGUGGGUAGCAGGACGAGCAUUGACGGGUUUUUUGACGUCUUUACAUCUGUGAGCAAGAAAAUUAUUGAAGACAGGCGUUUGAAUGCUACAGACUUGAUCGUUUUAGCGUGCCCCAACCAAGAGGCAUUGCUGCCCAAUGACCAAAGAAUGUAUUUGAAAGCUGAAACAACUCGAACGUGUUUUGGGAAAAUCACGCAGAUUAAGUCGGCAAACCUGGAAUUUUCCGAUGUCACCAUCAGAGUUUUCCCGAGCGGGCCCGUCAUUGGUUCCCUUACUCCACAAUCCACCAUUUUGGGAAUGAAAGUGAUGCAGAUGAUCACAGUCGAAAGAGAGUUUUCCUCACUCAGAGGCUUGGAAUAUUACGACUUGGCAAAGGAAAUCGUCUCGGCAGCGCCGAACCAACCGGUCCAUUUCAGCGACGAAGAGCUAGAAGGGAUGUACAAGAUUUACGACGUGAACAAGUCGCAAGCACGGGCCAUCAGAGGCUCCUAUGAAAACGAAGGCUUCUCGUUGAUCCAAGGUCCACCUGGUACGGGGAAAACCAAAACAAUUUUAGGAAUAGUGGGCUAUUCCUUGUCCCAAAAAAGAAGAAAAGAUGACGGGCGAAUUAUCGAAGUUCCUUCAAACAGCAACAACAAUCAGGAUCAGCAAACCUCGGACACGGCAAAGAUAUUAAUAUGUGCUCCGAGUAAUGCUGCCGUCGACGAGUUGGUUUUGCGGUUAAAGGACGGUGUGAAAAACUCCAAGGGAGACCACAUGGAUUUGAGGGUGGUGAGACUCGGAAGGAGCGAUGCCAUCAAUGCCUCAGUAAAAGACUUGACGUUGGAAGAACUAGUCGACAAGGAAUUAAAGGCCAAGCAGGAAGAUGUGGUUAUUGACCCUACCCUUCGAGUAGAACACACCAAAAAAGUACAAGAAAGAGACCACAUUCGAAGCCGGCUCAACACGGAAAGUCUCAACUCGAAGGAAAUCGAGAAGCUCGAACAACGAUUGAACCAAGUCAAUCAGGAGCGGAGGGAGCUUGCCAAAAGGCUAGAUGAGCAACGAGAGAGAUCGGAUAUUGCGUACAGAACAAGAGAGAUUGGAAGGAGAAAUAUCCAGAAUCGGAUAUUGGGCAACGCGCAAGUUCUUUGCGCGACUUUAUCAGGGUCAGCGCACGAUCUUAUUUCCAACUUGGCCGUCAAGUUCGACCAGGUGAUUAUAGAUGAGGCUUGCCAGUCGCUCGAGUUAUCGGCGAUGAUCCCGCUCAGAUAUGGCUGCCGGAAAUGCAUAAUGGUGGGAGAUCCAAAUCAACUUCCACCGACAGUGUUGUCACAAGCUGCCUGCACUUUUGGUUACGACCAGAGUUUGUUUGUCAGAAUGCAGAAAAAUCACCCCGAGUCAGUGUAUCUUUUGAAUGUUCAGUACAGAAUGCAUCCAGCCAUAUCCCAGUUCCCCAGUGCCGAGUUUUAUCAAUCCAAAUUGAAGGAUGGUCCAGGAAUGGAUGUGAAGAAUGCCCGGCCAUGGCACUCAAUUGCUCCGUUGAGUCCAUAUCGUUUUUUCGAUAUUACUAGUAGACACGAGAAGAAUGAAUUGACAAGGUCGUUGUUCAACACCGAGGAGGCAAACGUCUGUCUCCAGCUUGUGCAGAGGCUCAUCGAAACCAUUCCACAGCAGAAGCUCGCUGGCAGAAUUGGUAUUAUUUCGCCUUACAAAGAGCAAAUCCGUGCAAUCAAAGACGUGUUCCAGCAGCGCUAUGGGAAGAUCAUAUUUAACGAGAUUGACUUUAACACCGUGGACGGGUUCCAGGGGCAAGAAAAGGAAAUCAUCAUCAUGUCUUGUGUACGAGCCAGCCCAGAUGGCAAUGUUGGGUUUUUAAGUGACAUUCGUCGUAUGAACGUUGCCCUCACUCGUGCGCGUACGACGUUGUGGAUCUUGGGGAACAAACAGUCCUUGACAAGAAACAAGGUGUGGAGGAAAUUGUUGGAGAAUGCAGAGCAGAGAAACUCCAUCACGGGCGCCUACCCGGGAUUCUUGUCUCGUUCGGUAAACCCGCUGGCGACAGGUUCAAUCAAGAGACCGGUGGAGAGAUCGGUUGAGAGACCUACUACCGACAGCUUUGUGGCAAAGAAGGCCAAAAUUCAAGAUUUUUCAAGAGACAAUGUACCAAAGAAUCAUGCACAAGUGAAGGAGAACGGAAGUGGAAGCGGAAGUAGUAGUGUUCAAGAAGUAGCAUUACCGUCGAGUAUGCCGCGGUGUCCAGUAUCUUCAAGCAGAGUUGGGUUGCCAUCCAAUCCUGCUAAAGUCGGGCAUGCAAACUCUAGAAACGACGCAGCUACUACAAGAGCUAUUACUCCCUCGAUUGCACGGCCUGAAACCAGCUCCAAUCUCGACCUGCAAGCCAAAACUACAUCAAAGCCGGAAAACUCUGUAAAAAACCUUAAGCCGUCCUCGUCCGGAACCAUUCCAAAGAAGCCACUCGGCCCUUCAUCCUCGGGUGUGGUGAGACCACCGAGACCCGAGGCGCCAAGCGUGUUUAUUCCUCGAGGACCAAGAAAGAGAUGA